GGGACCGAGGCUGUUGUGGCAAGUGUUUGCACCCACACUGAUUCCUUCAGGGACAUAAGCCUCCAUUGGUUGCACCCUUCUCUGAAAGUCAGCAGGAUGGGGAGUUUUGCUCAGAGGACAAGUUAACAGGGACUUACACAGGUGUUUGGCCACCACAGCAGGCACGAGGCCUCUGCAGACCUCUGGCUGCCUGGGUGACACCACAGGCAGCUCCCAUGGCCAAUAUGUAAAACUCGGCACGCUUAAACUGUGCUUUGGGUGGCCCUCACAUCCUUCUGGUGCAACGGGAUGGAAAGUGUCCACAAAUGAGAAGAGGCACCCAGGGGCUUGUCACACCUCGGUCAUGGCUCUUGAAGUAUAAAGCUGUCGUGGUAACUUUCUCAGGCGUAGUGGGUUAGUUGUAAAACACGCGGUUUCCCUCAUGAUUUCUCUUUCAUGAUCGCUUUAUGAUGUCAGUAGACAGAAACGGCUUAAACACUCAAAAACUUGUAAGUUUCAGCAAAACUUCUCACUUGGAACAGGGUUAGCUUUAAAGCUGGAUACUUCUCAUCAAACUAAUUCACUAUUUCAGGAAAAUCUUGGAAUUAAUUUUAAAGCUGAACUUAAAAAAGUGACUGUUAUAUUGAAUCCAAAAAAUGUGCCUUUUCUCGGUACCUUGUCAUCUCCCUCAACUCUUGUUUGGUUUUCUUCAGUCGUCAGUUCCCUUUUUUCACUCCUAGAUAAUUGUUCAUGUUCGGGGCUUUGCUGUUAUCUUUUACCUGUCUUCAAUUCUGUCAGUCUUACAUCUUCUUUUUCAUCUUGUUUGCAAAUUACUUUGCUAAUUUAUUUUAUUUUUGUAUUUUCAGUUCAUUAAAUGUUCAGGCUUAGAUUUUUCUUUGUUGUCUUUCUUAAAAUGAUUUAUUUAGGGCUUUAUGAUUAUUUUUAGAUAGUUUUCUGUGUUGCUGACUGACCUGGAAAUGUAUAAAGUGAUUUCAUUUUAUCCAACCAAAGCUUAUUCCUGUUGAAAAUAAUACACAAGAAAAUACCUGUUUUUUUUCACUGACAUUAAUAAAAAGGCCAUUUCUUGCUUUUGCAGGAGUUGUAACAAAUCUUAAGUAGGCAUUUCCUUGUUCAUACUCAUCAUUCUGUACUGGGUUCCUUGUUGACUGGUUGGCAGCUGUUUCUCGUUCCCCAUUUGGACUUCUUGUCUCACACCAAUGCCUGCAGUGGGAUGCUGUGGAACUAUUUGGGUUUUUACAAGUAGAGCAGGAUGGCAGGAACAAGCUUGAUCAUACCCAGCAGCUUGGUAAGCUGCAGGGUAGCAGUGCAGUUUAUGGAACUCCAAAUGGCUGGGUCAGGUAGAGGAAGAGGACGUGCUGCGUUUACCUUCAACAUUGAGGCCAUUGGCUUUUCCAAAGGUGCAUCUCUACCCGACGCUGUGUGUAAGCCUCCCCCACCAUUUCCUAGUACAGACAAUAAGCCAGUGCCUCUGAAAACAGGAGAAGACGAAGAUUACAUGUUGGCCUUAAAACAAGAUUUUAGAGGAACUAUGAAAAAAAUGCCAUAUUUUUUGGCAGUAGAAGAAGAACGUGAAGCAAUUGAAAGGUACAGUAAAAAGUACCAGAGCAGGGAAAAGGAGCAUGCAGCGUGGACCCCAGAUUGGAGAAGACUCCCAAGAGAAAUGAAGCCAAGAAAAAAGAUGAAAAAAGCAAGUGCGAAACCAAGAAAGGCAAACAGCUCUGACCCUAAAAGUAACCUGGAUGUGUUGAAAAAAAUUGAGGAGUUGGAAAAGAAGGAUGAUGAAGAAGAGAAAUCUGAAGAUGAGAAAGACAAAACAAAAGACAAAGAAGGUGAAGAUGAUGACGAAGCAGAAGAACCAGAGGAAUAUGAUGAAGAGGAGCACGAAGAGGAAAAUGACUACAUUUCUUCAUAUUUUGAAGAUGGAGAUGACUUUGGUGCUGGCAGCGAUGACAAUAUGGAUGAAGCAACAUACUAGCUAUUGUUGCUAGGUGGUAUAUUGUUCAAGCCUUACACUACUUGAAAUAUAAACCUGGAGGUAAGCUGGGUAUCACUGACAGAGCCAAUGCAUUAUCUCCGUUGGGUUUAAGUAUACUCUCCAAAAACAUACUGGACAACCUUAUUUUAUUAGUACUAUGCUGUGAAAUGGGAUCCUGGAUCCCACAUUUUUUUCUUUCGCCAUUUUUUGCAGACAUGCACCUUUUCAAGGUUCUCUGGAAUGCCUACUGAUGGAGCAAUCUAUAUGCCAUUGUAUUGCCUCUGCACAGACAAAGAAUGUAUGCAUUUUAAUUGAACUGUGCCUAAGCAUUUGCACUAGUCAGUUCUAUGCUUUAGCUGUUAAGUCUUGAAAACAAGCGCAAUUUUUGAUAACCGCGGUAAAGCAAAAAUAGGACCUUUAUGGGAAUAAGCUGCUCAUAUUUAGCAGCUGACUUCUCUGAAGGAAUUUAUGUAACUUCUGAAUUCAGGUGACUGAAAAUAAUUGACCACUAAGCACUUUAAUAUAAACUGACUUGAAAGGACUUCAGUAACACGGACUAACAAGGUAAUGAGAGCAUUUUGAACUAGCUGUUAUGCUAGUCAGCAGAACUCUUACCUUUAGUAUUUUGGUGAAAAGGGACAGUAAUAUUUAACCGUGUUACACUGCCUUUAUGCAUCAGUGUAGUUAAUAAUUAGGGUAAUUUAAUUUAGAAAGAAUAUAUAGCAGAAAUUAAGAUUGAGAAGUAUGAAUCAUAGUUUUCAUCUUUGUCUUACAGAUUGAAGUGACAAGAAUUUCAGUCCUUUGCCUUGAUUUCUCUGCCUGUUAAGGCAAUACUAACUUUUCUACCUCACAGAGCUGUUAAGUGAGAUGGCAGAUAUCUACGUAAGUGCUAAAGCACAUUUACUUGUGUUCCUACAAAAAUGAGACAAGCUUUACAGACAGCAAAAUCAAUAAAAAGACAAAAAUGUAGAAAAGGGAAGUGGUGAAGUAUUUUGAUGCAUGAGGUUUUAAUUGGGAAAACAUGAGUGCUGAGAAUAGCAAAGCUAGAAUGCUUGGAAACACGUAUCUUAUUUUAGAGCCAACAGACGAAACGUAGAUUUAUUCCCGAGAUUAGAAACCAGAGGAACACAACGACAGCAUAUUGUGUCCCUUUGUCUUUUGAUGAUACAAAAUAGUAUUUAUCAGUGUUAUUGAUCAGGUUACUACAUUCUGUUCUUGGUAAAACUUAGUGCUAAUGAUUAUCAGGGUUAACGAAACAACAGUUUUAAGACAAAAGCAAUUCUUUCAUGAGAAGUGCGCUUUGUGGAAAUUUGGCAUUCUGUCAAGCAGUGCUCUGCCUCACUGCUGACUGGAAAGUAGUACAGCAUUAUUCUGUGAAUCAUUCUGCACAGUAAGGUACAGCUUCAGGUGCAGCUUUCAAGUGUUCUGAUAAGUUACGUAUCCAUUCUAAAGGAAGUGAAACUAAAAUGCAAUGCACGUCACACCUCAGAGGUAUACUUAAUUGUGUUUUGAAGCCUGUACAAACAGUGUUUAAUAAACAUUCUGCUAUAUUGCACAGAAA